AUGGCCGACCUACAGACCUUACCAUCCAACCGUGGAUCUACUGUCUCUCACUGCGUUGUCAACGGACUUCCCGAAGAGCUACUGGUCGACAUUUUUGGAUGGUUGCACGCGCUCUAUCGCGCCGACAUCUCUACCAGGGGACAUCCAUAUUUACUGGACGAGAUUCGUGUGUGUCGUCUCUGGAAGACGAUCAUUGAGGGCGAGGCACCGCUCUGGCAAGUGGUAGUACCAAGUCCACAGAACGAAAUGAUUCGUCACCGCGCCAUGGCUUUCGCGAGGGACCAUCCCAUCACUUGCAUCGCAUCCUCGCGUGGAUCGGAUAUCUUCCAGUCAUCUACCCUGCUUGUGGAUAUUCUGGACGUUACCCAAGAUCUGCUUCGUCGUAUCGCGUCCAUCGUGGUAGAGCAUCAUAUGCUGUCGGUUACCUUCGAGGAGACCGAUCACGAUCUUCCCACCAUCUAUGAUCUCGCUGCCCAGCUUCUGACUGGCCCGGAAGAAGCCAUCGCCAUUCAUAGUAUCCGCAUAUCGAUUAUGGUCGACUUCAAGGGCGCUGCUGGUCGGCCUACGCCCAAUCUGCAUCAUCUACACCUUGAAGGUGUACGUCAGCCCCCCAAUCUCGGUAGAUGGGCGGCUACCCUACAAUCCCUCGUCCUCGUCAGGGUGUCCGACUUCGACGUAUCGUCUCUGGUGGACACGCUCGAAGCGGCUACUCAGCUGUCGAAGUUGGAGAUCAUCCUCAUCGGGUUGAAUAUAGAUCGACACAUACGGCGGCAGCCACGCUCUGUUGUCAUGCCCGCGCUCACAUACAUCAAUCUCUGCCUGGAAGUUCCAGACGCGAUCGCCUUCUUGCACUACAUCUUUCGCCCGCAUUGA